AUGGCAACUGCAGAUGAGAAGUUUUUAGCUGAGGCAAAGCAGAUGGAGCUCAGCCCAUUGGACAGCUGUCAUUACAGGGUGAUCGCUCGGCUAAAGUCGAGCUGUGACAGCCUCUCAGAAGAAAAGCUCGCAAAGCUCGGAGUGGAACUGUUUAACUGCCAGGCAGAGAUUGAGGGGCGCCAGACGUACCUAUGCACAGAGGAGAUGACCAUCAAAGAGUGCACAGCAGACAUGGAUUCAGAUACAUGGAAUGCUUACCACAUAGUGAGCAACCGAGCGCGCUCCGUUUGUUAUGCAACUCGACAGCAGCUUUUCCGGCGCAGAGCAGAGCACACAGUCAAUGCACUCAUCUCCACAGCCACCAGCCAGCUAGAUGCAAUGAAGGACCUGAAGGAGGGCCAGGUAGAGUUGAAAGAACUGACUGCAGCAUCACUGGACAAGCUGCUUGAAGGCCACAGUGUUCUGCAGGCUCAACAGGGGAAGCUCCACGAGGGCCAGGAGCAGAUGACGAGUUCACUGAGGGACAACCUGGAGCGUCUGGGUCAGGAAAAAGCUCUCAUCGCCUCUGGACAGGAGUUGGUAGCUCAGCUCAUUCAGGGAAUUACACAAAGAAUGGAGAAUGUGAGUGAGCAUCUUCAAAUCCAGGGCUCUGAGGUGCAGGACAGCUACAAGGCGAUUGUCAAGGACCUGGCAGAUGUAAGACACCAAGCUCAGGACAUCUAUCAGAAAAUUGACCACAGUAUGAUAGAGUUUCUGCAGUAUCAGGAUCAGACCUCCCAGUACUACACUGACCUGAUGAACAAGUUGGAGUGCAUGAACAGCACCCUGGGAGGCAUGCUGCACUACCUCGAUAAGAUGCAGAGCCGCAUAGAGGACAGGCUUCACAUGAUCCAGGGCUACCUCGGAUGGGCAGGUUUAAGUCUGACAGCUAUAUGGACGUGCAUCACACACACAGGCUACUUUGUACUGUGUGCAGUCCUGCUGACAUUCCUGCACUGUCCUGGUUUCUCUCGAGCCAUGCUGCUGCUAACUGUGCCUCUGAAUGCAGUUGCUGAAGUCAACCAGCAGCCAGCGCUGGAUCUCACCAGCCUCAGCCUGCUGCUGCUCACUCUGUCUCUGGGUCACUGGUUUGUGAAUCAGCUGUGGGCAUGCUUCCAGAUCACGAAAAAGCUGACCAGUCCACUGCUACUCAGCUCGUGCACCAUUGUGGAACCGCAGAAGCAGCCUUGCAACUCUUAUCCACCAUCAUCUACACCACAGAAAGAUGAAAAAGAUGACAUCAUUGAGGAAGACGACCUAUUGAAUCCGGACAGCUUUUUAUCAGGUGAACUUGGCAUAUCAGCUGUGUCUCCACCUCAGAGGAAGCUUACGCCAGAGUCGAGGCUUAUGCCAGUAAUUGGUAAACCAAAUCACUCCACUCCCAGCUCAGUGUCAGGCCGUCAGCUGUGCAAUGGCCUCACAAAAAGAGGAAAAGUCUGUAAGAAGAGAGCCGUGCCAGGACAGGAGUACUGCAGAGUCCACGAAGGGGGGCACUCCUCGUAUGUCCAGUUUUAA